CCGUCAAACCCCAACCACAAAACUGGUAUCACAGUGAAUCCUGUCCGACUGGCCCUCCGUAAAAGUCUUCUGAGUACAACCGACCUGCGGCACAGAAGAGAGAAUAUGGCUCGGGUUCUAGUCGGAGUUAAGCGGGUCAUUGAUUAUGCUGUCAAGAUCAGGGUAAAGCCAGACCGCAGCGGGGUGGUCACGGAUGGGGUGAAGCACUCCAUGAACCCUUUCUGCGAGAUCGCUGUGGAGGAGGCCGUCAAGCUGAAGGAGAAGAAGGUGAUCAAGGAGGUGGUUGCGGUCAGCUGCGGCCCACAGCAAGUACAGGAGACGAUCCGCACAGCGCUGGCGAUGGGUGCAGACCGGGGCAUCCACGUGGAGGUUUCGGGGAAAGACUACGAGGCGCUGGGCCCCCUGCAGGUCUCCAAGAUCAUGGCUGCCCUCGCCAAGAAGGAGGAGGCCAAGAUGGUCAUUUUGGGCAAACAGGCGAUCGACGACGACUGCAACCAGACGGGCCAGAUGACCGCAGCCCUGCUGGACUGGCCUCAGGGCACCUUCGCCUCAGAGGUGACCGUAGAGGGGGAGAAGGUGAAGGUGGUGAGGGAGAUUGACGGAGGACUGGAGACCAUAAAGAUAAACCUGCCGGCUGUGCUGACUGCAGAUCUGCGUCUCAACACCCCCAGAUACGCCACGCUGCCCAACAUUAUGAAAGCGAAGAAGAAGAAGAUAGCGAACGUGAAGCCGGGGGACCUGGGCGUGGACCUCACCUCGCGGGUGGAGGUGCUGCAGGUGGACGAGCCGCCCCAGAGACUGGCGGGCGUGAAGGUGGAGACGGUGGAGGACCUGGUGGCCAAGCUCAAAGAGGCAGGGAGGGUAUAGGGCCAGCAGGGGGCGCCAGAGGGCACAGAGAGACGCACAGGAGGAUGGACCGAACCCAGGAACUCACCCCCCCCCCUGGGCCUUUGAAAUGGUGCGUUCCUGGCAACCCGGCCAAUCCAGAAGCAGGACCCAGCCCCCUCUCUCUGUGACCCCGCCCCCCCACAGCCCCUCCCCCCUGCUCUCUCCGUAGCUGGAGUGGGCAGCGUGACACUGCCGUCGAGGACUGGCAACCACGGAAACGAUGAUGCAUUCUCAAUCGCACGCCACAACCUUACAGUGUAUAUAGAUGUGUAUGUAUUUGAUUAGGGAUCGCCUUGAGCUUAAACCCUCCAUUCUGCACUACGAAACGACCCAACGCGUCCAUGAAAAUAAACCUCUUUCUGCGUACCGUGUUCCGCACUGUACGUGACCACGUUAUUCACCUCUGUACUCUCACGGAGGCCAGUACAGCCUAUACUGAACCGUCUGUACAGUUUGUUUAUGCCACUGUAACAUACCAGAGAAUUUUUAAAGUGUUACUAUGUGUAAAUAUGGAAGCCAGUCGGUUCUCGGGAGAUAAAUGCUUCUGAGAUUUGUUAUACAGGUAAUUAUUGUUUUCCUCUUUUUCUGUCGCCUUUUUAAAGAGUAUGGAAAUGCAUCACCGUUUCUGCAGCAGUGCUG